AUGCACCAGAAUCAACAAUUUACAGAUGCAGUCGAAAAAGAGCUAAAUGGCAAAAGAAAACUUCAAAAAUUACUGCAACUCAAUCAACAAUUUCCAGAUGCCGAAAGAGUUCUGAUCGUCGUAGAAGAAUACCGCCGCCGCACAAGAGAAGACGAACUGCGAAGAAGCAGAGAGCUGGAUCAAAGGGAGCAAGGCGAAGAAGGAGAAACAGGCGGAGAAGGUGAGAAUAUGAACGAGGGUGAUGGAGCAUUACCUACUUCUUUGUUAAAUUCAGUUACAGAGAUUAAUCAUUCAACUAGUAGUGUUGUUACUGAUUCAACUAGUAAUGAUGAUACUUCAAGCCUCAUCAACUCACCUAGGGUGUGUUACUCCCCUAAAGGAUCCAAGGAGUAUAUUGCAGGCUGUUUGCAUCAUCUUAAACCUAGUUUGGGUAUGAUUUUUGAUUCUUUAAAAGAUGCUGAACUUUUUUAUAAAGUUUAUGCUGCUCACUGUAGUUUUCAAGUGCGCAAUGGGACUGAUAAGAAUGGAAAACAAACUGUUGGAAAAGAAAUUGUUGAAGUGAUACUUCUCAAAUAUUUUCUUUGUACUAAGCAAGGUUAUUUUCAACCCAAGCCUAGAAAUCAGGAUGCUGAGUGUAGUCAAACGCGGAAAAGAAGUGUGACCCGUUCUGGUUGCUCUGCUUGUAUUCGGUUACGGUAUAGUUCUGGUGGUAAAUAUGUGCAAAAGCAAUAUAUUUUUAAUAAUGCCAAAGUGAAUAUAGGGCCUGUUAAGUCCUAUAGGAUGAGUAAAGAACAUUGUGGAAGUUAUAACAAUGUUCGUGGUACAAAAACUGAUUUUAUAAACUUUUAUCGUGAUUUGAAAGUUUAUAUAGGCGAUAAAGAUGCGUUUAUGUUCAAGGAAAAUUUUGAGAGGAAAGUACAGGCUUCUAAUGGGGGUUUUUACUUUGAUUAUUGUGUUGACAAGCAUAAACAUCUUACUCGUGCUUUUUGGGCUGAUUCAAUCUGUAGGAAAAAUUAUGCAUUAUUUGGGGAUGUUGUUACUUUUGAUAGUACAUAUGAUACAAACAAAUAUUGUUUAGUUUUUUCUCCUUUCACUAGGGUUGAUCACUACAAAAAGUGUGUCACUUUUGGUUCAGCUUUGUUGUCCAAAGAAGAUACUGACUCUUUUGUUUGGUUGUUUGAGACAUUUUUGAAGUGCAUGGGUAAUUGUGAACCUUAUUGUUUGCUCACGGAUCAAGAUCCUGCCAUGUCAAUUGCUAUAAAGAAAGUGUUUAAAACGACUAAACGGCGUUUAUGUAUGUGGCAUAUAAUGCGUAAGGUGCCUGAUAAAGUUGGCCCAGUUCUUUGCAAAGAAACUGAUUUUUUGAAGAAGUUAAAUGCAGUGGUAUGGGAUUCUGAUUUGGAUCCAACUGAGUUUGUAUCCGGCUGGGAAGCUGUGAUGAAAGAAUUUAGUUUAGAAAAUCAUUAUUGGCUUAGUUAUAUGUUUAAGAUCAAACAUAAAUGA